CCCCCUUCCCGCCGCGAGAAAAGCCCAGCCGCCUCCCCUCGGGGAAAGGGGGAUCGGGGCUUCGUGCCCAUCAGGCGCGGCGGCGGAGCCCCGGAGGAGCCGCCGUUGCCCAAUUCAACCCGGAGGCGGAGGGAGUCUCUAAAGGCGGCGCUCUCCGUGGUGCUGAAUCUCGCUCCAUCUCCGGACGGCCGUGGUUGCGAGCGCCCCUACGGCUGUCUAAAGGGCUCCAUCUAAUCCCCUCUUCCCUGGGUCGAACCCAGCCUGGCCCUGCCCGGAUCGCCCGGCUCUCCAGUUGAGCGCACCCCGCUCCUCCCCAGAAGACCCCCGUCCCCCUCCCCACAGUUCCGUGGGAAUCAUGGCUGCGUUGACAAAGGUUGCCUUCGCCUCGACCCUGCUGGCGGCGCUUUGGGUGGGCAUCUGUUUCUCCGUUUGCGUCGAGGUCCCUUCGGAAACCGAGGCCGUGCAGGGAUCACGCAUGAAGCUCAUGUGCAUUUCCUGUAUGAAGCGAGAAGAAGUUUUGGCGAACACCGUGGUGAAGUGGUUCUACAAACCCGAAGGAGGACAAGACGUAGCUAUCUACGAAUUCAACAAUGAGAAACGGGAACUUGAGAGUCCUUUUCAGGGCCGGCUCGAGUGGAACGGGAGUGCAGAUAUGCAGGACGUCUCCAUCUCGGUCCUAAACAUUUCUCUGAACGAUUCAGGGAUUUACACCUGUAAUGUCACCCGGGAAUUCCUCUUUGAGACCCACCGGCCCAUCUUCACCAGCUCGACACUGAUUCAUCUCACGGUGUUGAAGGAUGCUGGAAGAGACUUAACGGCUCUCAUCUCUGCAAUAAUGAUGUAUAUUCUCUUGGUCUUCCUCACAUUGUGGCUCCUGAUUGAGAUGGUUUACUGCUACCGGAAAGUUUCCAAAGCAGAGGAAGUCGCCCAGGAAAAUGCUACCAACUACCUCGCCAUCCCGUCAGAAAAUAAAGAAAACUGUGCUCUACCAGUGGAGGAGUAGGAGGUGAAUUUGCACCAGAGUGCCGUUUGCAACAAAGGAGCCUGCCAGAAGACUCAAGGACUAACAAACCGCUGCGGCUGGAUUGGAAGGAAUCCCGUUCCAACGAGGUGGAGUCACGAGGCCGUCUACAUUUAUUUCCUCCUCCUGGGAGGCAUCCGCGGCUUCCACCUUGAACGAUUAAAGGCCUUCCUUUGAGGCAAGCCGAGAGAGACAAAGAGGGCAGGCUGGCACCGUUCAUCCCAUCAUCGUCCCAGUUUUGUAAAUACGAACUGCCUCCUCUCCCUAACGUAGAUUUUUUUUUUCCCAUUGGGGUCUUUGCCAUCUCAGCUGGCCCCAGGACAAUGUUCUCCACGCCGGACCUUCAUCUGUCUUCGUUCUGGAAUUUAAUUUAGUGUCCCGGUGUCCCUGUCCCAGCGUGGCUUUGCAGGCAGGCAAAGCUAAGAAUCAGAAACCUUGGGUUCGUUGUGACUAGGCGGAUCAGUGGCUAAGGCACUGAGCUUGUCGAUCAGAAAGGUCGGCAGUUCGGCGGUUUGAAUCCCUAGUACAGGUCUCCUGCGUGAGUAGGGGGUUGGAAUAGAUGACCUCCAAGGUCCCUUCCAACUCUGUUUUUGUUCUUCUCAACCUAGGAGAGGGAAGCAGGAGAAGAACUCAUGGGAUGACCACAGUAGCCUUGAAAUUAUCACCAUCCAGGCAUUAGCUGGAGCAGAAAUCUUCCACCGUUUGCAUAAUUUCCACUCAUCUCCCAUCUUGACAUAAACCACGGUCAAUCCAGGGUUUGUCUGACUCCUGGGUGAAUCCCAAGCGUGGAAAAGGUUUCUGAUCAUGCGAGUGACAGGUUUAGACCAGGGGUCCUCAAACUUUUUAAACAAGGGCCCAAUUCACGGUCCCUCAGACUGUUGGCGGGGGCUCGAACCGGGUAGGGUGGGCGUGGCUAAGUGGGCAUGUGACGGGGCGGGCGUGGCUAGACAGUCAUGUGACUGGGUGGGCGUGGCCAAUUUAGCAGUCCAGAGCAAGCUUUUGAAAUGAUGGUAGCCUGGGCUGACAGAGGAACACUCUUCACCAAACACUGAUAUCCGAAGCAGGGCAAGGGGUCACUCUUUGCGGCUUGAGACGGUCACCGCAGUGGCCAAUGCAGCCAGAUUAGGAGAAGACACACAAGGUACAGUCUUAGUUGUGGUUGGGUUGGAAGUAGAACAAGGCUGGUGGUUUCAUCGCCUGGGAAUAUUUCAGACUUUCUGCUGCCUUGUUUUUUUUUUGUUUUUGUUUUUGUUUUAAUUUGAUUUAUAUGCCGCCCUUCUCCGGAGACUCAGGGCGGCUUACAAUGCGUUAAGCAAUAGCCUUCAUACUUUUGUAUAUUUAUACAAAGUCAGCUUAUUGCCCCCACAAACUGGGUCCUCAAUUUACCUACCUUAGAAAGGAUGGAAGGCCGAGUCAACCUUGAGCCUGGUAAGAUUCGAACCUGCAGUAAUUGCAGGCAGCUGUGUUAAUAACAGGGUGCAUUAAACCACUGUACUACCAAGGCUCAGUUUUGGAGGAUGGAAAUAGUAAGUGGUGGAAAUAUAUUACUAUAGGUUCCCACCACAUACCAGUAGCCCAGGGGAGAUAAACUUAAGGGUUUUUUUUCAAUCUUCUAAUCAACCUUUCUGAAAGGAAUUAGCAACUCAGUGCCUGUCACCAAAGGUGCUUUUAUUUUAAAGGCAAGACGGAUUUUUCUUUGAGGUGUUUCACUUCACAUCCAAGAAGCUUCUUCAGUUCCAGCGGUUAGAACUGAAGAAGCUUCUUGGAUGAGAAGCGAAAUGUGAUCAGAAAAUCCAGUCGCCUUUAAAAUAAAAGUAUCUUUGGGACAACCACGAUAUGGAUGAGUGACAACCUCCGUAGACAACCCAGGACCUGUAAUGUCCACUAGAUGGCACUCCUAGACUUCUGAAAUUCAAUUGAUAAAUCCUCCCUUCCCCCCCCCACCACUCCAAAAUGUAGUAGAUUGAAUGGUUUUGAAGGUUGCUCAGGAGAUAUGGGACAUUUUAAAUCACAUUUAAAUCAGUCCGUUGGAGAUAGGGCGGCAUAUAAGUUAAGUUAAAGUUAAGUUAUAUUUGCAAUGCUGUGAAUUUAGAAGAUGGGAUCUGCUGCCCCCUGAAGGGGUUUUUAGGAAUUUAAAUUUGGUGAGAAAGUUGGUAGGAUGAAAGAGUUACCGGCUAGAAUUUACUCGUAUGUCUAUUUUUAACAUAGGGACGUGGUGGCUCAGUGGCUAAGAUGCUGAGCUUGUCGAUCGAAAGGUCGGCAGUUCAGCAGUUCGAAUCCCUAGUGCCACGUAAUGGGGUGAGCUCCCGUUACUUGUCCCAGCUUCUGCCAACCUAGAAGUUCGAAAGCAGGUAAAAAAUGCAAGUAGAAAAAAUAGGGACCACCUUUGGUGGGAAGGUAACAGCGUUCCGUGUGCCUUUGGUGUUGAAUCAUGCCGGCCACAUGACCACGGAGACGUCUUCGGAGAGCGCCGGCUCUUUGGCUUUGAAACGGAGAUGAGCAUCGCCCCCUAGAGUCGGGAACGACUAGCACAUACGCGCGAGGGGAACCUUUACCUUUACCUUUAAUCGGUCAGUGCCUGGUUUCCAUUUGAAAAAGGGGCUUGUUAAUUCAGCUUUCAAUAUAAGCUUCCCCUUAGGGUAGUUAAAAUGGCAGCCAUUUUAAUCGACUCUUCGGUCUCCGCACACCACAUUCCCGAACAGAACGGGAAUACAAAACUCUCUUUCAAAAGAGUUGUGGCUGCAGUUGAAGUAGCUAUGAAAAACAGGGCUAAAUCAAUCUUUAUUUUUCUAGGUGGGCUUCAUCCAUUCAGUGACUGUUAAUGAGCUCUGGGAUUCAGGUGGAGGACUAAAACUCGAGGCCUUUGGCAUGUCGAGCUUUUGAUCAUAAUGGCCUUGCAUAGAUCUACAGCAGAGGUCCUCAAACUUGGCAGCUUUAAGACUUAUGGACUUCAACUCCCAGAAUUCCCUAGCUAGCAUUCCAUGUUGGCCUGGAGAAUUCUGGGAAUUGAAGUCCACAAGUCUUAAAGCUGCCAAGUUUGAAGACUUCUGGUCUACGGCAUCUGUAUCAUUAGAAGGAAGCUUAUGACUAGUUAUUCACAUAGUAUGUAUGUUGUUGUAACAUGUUGUGACAUUUUUGCGGGGGUUGGAUCACUGUGUAGUCCUGCCAAGCUCAGAACAAACCAUCAUUCUUUCUUUUUGAGACUAUCCCAUCCAUCAUUUGAUUUUUCCUACGCCAAAAAAAACAAAUAAAUAAAUAAAUUCCCCAUAAACCUCGGAGAAAAUCUGCAACGCAACCCUUCCCUUCCCAAACUGGAAGAGGAGAUAAGAAACAGAAGGCGGCCAAUUAAUGCCCAAAGACUUCAAACGUGAUGUCUGAUCCUUUGAUAUUCAGAGUUGAUCCUUUGAUAUUUAAAAUUCCAGUUUGCUUUAAUGUGCUGCCUGACGUAGAGCUAUUGACGUCGUCCCGUGAAUUGAACGCACCUGUUAUUCAGGUUUUUCUAGCAAAACCCCUAGGAUUCCCAAUCUUCUUCAUUCAGAUUUAAGGAUUCGCAACCAUCUACUACAAGGUGGAGAGGACUCACCUUCGUGGUAAUGUCGGGAUGGGUAAAUCUGUGAUCCUCCAGACACGGGCCUACAAUUCCUAUAGGUGCCAUCUCUUAGCCACGCCAUAUGGAGCUGGUGAGAACCAUAACUGAACCUUCACCUCAGUGGUGGGCUUCAAAUUUUUUUACUACCAGUUCUGUGGGUGUGGCUUUGUGGGCGUGGCAUGGCUUGGUGGGCAUGGCAGGGGAAGGUUACUGCAAAAUCCCCAUUUCCUCCCGAUCAGCUGGGACUUGGGAGGCAGAGAAUAGAUGGGGGCGGGGCAAGUCAGAAUUUUUACUACCGGUUCUCCAAACUACUCAAAAUUUCUGCUACCGGUUCUCCAGAACUGGUCAGAACCUGCUAAAACACACCUCUGCUUCACUUGGGAAAAAUCAUAGAUUCAUCACCAUUUCUUCCAAGUUCAUUUCUUUCAACAAAAAAAAAACCAAACUUGCGUGUUGACAUUAGUGAAGAUCCACUUCCUAAUCUACUCCAGUCGUGUACUAGAGCGAGGAUGUCCAAUCUUGGCCACUUGAAAAUCUGUGGACUUCCAAUUCCCAGAAUUCCCCAGCCAGCCAUUACUGACUGUAAUGUGAAUUCUGGGAGUUGAAGUCCACAAGUGUCCAAGAUUGGACAACCCUGUACUAGAGUCCUUUCUUUAGACUUUUACAGCAGCAACAAAGGGUAUUAUUCUCAGAGAGACAAUAGUUCUGAAACUCGGGAAGUUUUUCCCAGAGGUAAAUGCUUCCUAAUUCUACUUGCUUCCAUAAUUUAAGACAGGACUUUGGGAGAUCUGUCUUCCAAUCUAAGCAGUUUGUGUGGAGUUCUGAUCAGUCUUGUCUGGGUAUCAAUCCACCGAAGAAGACACUUGGUUAAAAUGAUUUUGCCUCUACGGGAGAACGCCCAAAAACCAGGCGUAGCGACUGUAGAAAGAGGCAACAAUAAAACAAUGAAACAAUAAAACAAUAAAUGACUAUAUUUCCUUUGAA